AUGAAUGUUGCCAUUAAAAGCAGUAAGAAUAAAGUUGUUGGGAUUGGAACCGAUAUUUUAUAUUUACCAAGAUUAACCAAUAUUCUAGAUAAACAUGCAUUAGCAUUGAGUAAUAACAUUAAAUUAACAUCAAGCACUAAUGAAAGGUACAAUAGUUUGUCAAGUUUAUCUAAAAUUUGUAAUAAGUUUAUGCAUAAGAAUGAAAUAGACCAUUUAAAUGAAAUGUUGGUUGGUACUCAACAAAACACACCCAACUUUAAAACGAAUGCGAUACAUAACUAUAUUGGUGGCAUCUGGGCAAUCAAGGAGAGCACUUACAAAGCUAUUAGCCAACAUAAACAUACCUUUUCUGAGAAGAUACCUUUACCGCCAGCGCAAACAAUUUACACGAAACUACUGUACAAGACUAAUACGUCCAAUUCAAACGGAUUACCUCAAUUGCAUAUUGACACAAAUUUUGGUGGUUCUUCAAACGUGACAGAUCAGAUAUUUUAUAACAAGUUGUUAAAUCCUAAAGAUUAUGAAAUAUUGAUAUCAUUAUCUCAUGAUACCAACUAUGUUGUGGCAUAUACAUGUAUUCUAGCGAAGGGGAGCACAUCUUAA